AUACAUACAAUAAAAAAUCAGAUUCGCCUUUUGCAUGAAAAGUUCGCAGUCGUGGUUAAUAUUUCGAUCCAGGAAGAUGAGUUGUUAAUCUUUAGUGAAUUGAUUGGUUUUAACGGUUUAAGGAAAAGAAAAAUAUAAACAAAUAAGUUUACUGAGUUCGUUGUUGUUUGAUUUUUGUUGCCUGUUACGCAUAAAACCAAGAAAUUCGGAAAUCAUGUUAAACGGAAAAUUUUACACCGGACUUCCGGUCAAUAUGAUGGAGCGUAGAGACGGACCGAAUCGACAAAGAACUAACUUUUAUUGGCCCGAUGAGUCACAAAUGGAAUCAGCGUUGGAUACACGGACAAAGUUAAGAAAUCGCGGUAGAAUCGAAAAAACACCUGAGAAAACUAUCGCCCAUGAAGUCAAUCCUAAUGAACUACACAAAAAGGAGUUAUCGUCUAAGAUAAAUCUCGAUGAUAAUUUAACAGCAUCUGGCAGAAAACCUUCAUCAGCAAUCAAAACUGUUAUCGAAAAACCAGUGAAUAUUAAGAGGCGAGAUACAUUUUCCUCGAAGAUACAAUUCUAUGACUUUGAUAAUGAAACUGUGCCUCCAGUAAGGAGAACGGAUAAAAACUCCAAAAUAGAAGUGGAAAAGAAUUCGAAAAACUCUAUAAAAACGAGUGAUAAGCGAAUUUCAUUCACAGAAAAUAAACUGAAAAACGAAACUUCCAGUAAUCAAGACAUAUUAAAAAAUAACAGAACAUCUUUAAAGCCGACGGCAAGUGAAGAGUCAAGGAAACCAGCAAUCAAAAAUUUAAGCAAAUCAAAAAGCAUGAGCGAUGUUUCCGCACAAAAUAACAUCAGAACUAUCGAAAACAAUGUCAGGAAUCUUUCGAUUUCACGGAAUCAAAAUCAGACCUAUCUUGAUGAGGAGGACGAUCAUAUCCCGCCUCCUAGAAGGCAGGUUCGUAUAGCGCCUCGACCUUCGCCAUCAUCCAAACGAAAUCGACCAGUGACUGAAUAUUACGACGAUAUUGAAGAUGAUUACUACUAUUCACAGCGAAGAAGAUCGCCUGGCCUCACGAAACAUCCGAAUCAGCGGCGAAGCCAUUAUGACGACAUAGAACCAGACUAUGAUGAUUUUUAUCCUCCACUCAAGAGCAACCGCGAAAGGAUUAAUUCAUCUCAACAACUUUAUACUCGACGAGUGGAGCAUAGAUCAAACAACAGAGAACCUGAUUACGACGAUGAUUACAAUUACCGCUUUGAGCGAUGUCGAAGCGAAACUCCGAAACGUACAUUCGCCAGACAAUCUAACCAGCAGCCCAAACUUAACCACGAUGAUUAUGAUGCGCUUGAAAAUUAUACCCAGGAAACGCAACCCGUCAGCCCACCUCCACCUGCUUCGGUUGACCGUAACAUUGACGAAGGUCAAAAACCAAAUAAUCUUGAUCAAAACACACGAAAUCGAACAAUGACGCCCCCAAGUCAAAACAGAGCGCAAAAUAGAGCGCAUAGGCAUCUAGUCAGUAAUGUGGCUUUUUGGAGUGACGCGGAAACCGGUAAUAGCUCAGCGAGAAGUAUUCGAAGUUCAGCCGUAACUCGAGUAAGUGUAGGAUUACCGGACUCGUAAUACAGUUCAACCCACUUACUUUAAGGCUGUAACAUACAUACAAUUACUAAAUUACUAUCAUACAUAUGUACACUCAUUAUAAUGUUAUGAUACCAUUCUUAUAUUGCGCUGCAAAUGCGAAACUAAUCCAAUAUUAUUCAUGAAGAGAUUUAUAAAACGACGAUUAAACUACAACUGUUCUCUGAAGCUUUUAAUAAAUCGAUGAUGUUUAGAAUAAA